GUUUUGCAUUCCGUUGGAAAGGCACACGGGCAAAGAGAUCCUCGAGUGCAUCCAGGACCUGUAUGUUCAGUUGAGGGCAAUGGGGCUACCGCUGACGAGGAUCCACAGUGAUAGAGCUCGAGAAUUUCGAGUCAAACCAGUACGAAAGUGGUGUCGGGAGCGGGACAUCUACCAGACGUUCACGGAGGGCUUGGCGCCUACACAAAAUGCGGUGGCGGAAAGUCAUGUGAAGUGGCUCAAAGGCAGGGCGCGAGUACACCUGAACGAGAUGGAGUUGGACAAGGAGUUUUGGCCUUGUGCUAUGAAGUAUGCUUGCUUGCAGCACAAUGCAAGACAGAUGGGCACGAAGACUGCGGGCAUCAAGUUUGGUUCCGUUGUUUGGGUGAAGUCCAAAAAGGACCGAGGGCCGUUUGAUCCAAAGUGGGAACGAGGCAAGUAUAUGGGGCCAGCCGAUGAUGUUCGUGAAGGCCAUGUGGUCCGCUUGGAUGACGGUCUAUGGACGGUCCUGGUGAAGGAGCUGCUGGAGUCCAAGAUCUGGGACUCACCUCAGGCCAAAGUGGAGCGACCCCAGAUGAGGGAAGGUGAGCUCUGGGAUGGCGCUGCUUACAUAAAUCUGGGUGCGUACCAGCAUGGGGGAAUCACAAGCAUUACCAAGGCGACAGAGAAGUUCAACAGGGAGGCUAUCUUGGCCGCCAAGCUCCUGGCGAUCGACCAUCCAGGGUUGGCGUUUACAUCCAUGGCUCUGGUAAAGAAUGCCGUCAUGCCAAUACACCGAGAUUCGUUCAACCACAAGAAGGAGAUGAACCUGAUAUCACCUCUCAAGGAGCUGGGUUUUGUCCUACCGGAACGUGAGCCAGUGGUGAAGAUGAUGAAUGCUGAUGGGAGGUCGGGGCAGAGGGAGCAUCUUCCUGAAAUGGGUGGAGAGCGGCUGGAUAGCAUGGUGGUUCCAGGAGGUCGCGUGGAGCUUCGGUUGAAGUGGGCCAUCAAGUACAUCCCGGACCUCUCAAGUCAGGGUGAGGAGGUCGUGAUGACAUCAGCUCCUCUACUGCCACUGGCACACGAUGAGGAGGAGCGGAUGAGAAGCAGGGUGACAUGGCUGUCGGAGUUUGUGGAGGAAGAACGCAAGAUUAAAGCAAGGCAAGCCGAGCGAGGUGAGUAUGCCACACAACGUGAGCGACAACUAUUCUACAAGCUAGACGACGCCAUUGACUACAUGAACGAGAUCCUCUGCUUGAGCCACCAGGCGAGGGAGCAGGCGACUAUGAGUAUGAUGAAGUUGGCCCAGGAGUCUGAGACGACCUCGGAGGUGGAAGAGAUGCUCCAGGCCUUGGUCGAGCCGAUUGACACCGUGCACGGGGUCGAGCUGCAGGAGGUCAAGCGACAUUUGGCGAAGUGGCAAGAGAGCAUUCAGAAAGAGAUUGAGGUCCUAGAAACAUCUGGUACGCUUCGUCGAUUACCACUUCAAGAAGCUAAGCGCCUCGCGGACGCCGGGGAGAUUGUCCUGGUACCGUCCAAAACGGUGCACACUGUGAAACCUCCUUCGGGAGGAAGUGGCAAUCAGUUAUACAAAAGAAAAACCAGAAUGGUGAUAUGUGGCAAUCACGUCAGCAACGAGGUCGAAGUCUACACGGCCGCGGCCAACGCGGAAUCAGUGCGGGUGGCAUUAUCGCUCGCCGCCAGGCGGCGUUGGUUUGGAGCGGUGACGGACGUGAAUUCCGCCUUUACCCUGGCACCAAUGAAUGAAGCAGAAGUCAAGUAUGGAAUCACCGUACCGAAAGUCGUCGUCGAAGCUGGAGCAGUUCCGCCGAGCACGGCGUACUUGGUGGACAGAGUGUUUUACGGGCUGCGAGAGGCGCCAAGACUGUGGGGAAGUUUCAGGGAUAAGAGGGUGCAAAGAGCUCGACUGGUCGUUGAAGGACAAGAGUGCAUGUUCUUACAGAUGGAGACAGAUCCUGCAGUGUGGAGAUUGGUGCCGUGCAGUGACCACAGCAAUACUCUGGCGUUGAUGGUGAUUUAUGUGGACGAUGUGAUGAUGUUGGCGCCAGAGAAUGUCAUCAAAGACAUCUAUCAAUGGCUCACUGUUGGUACAGAGGGAGAUGAAGGUUGGAAGUGUUCACCGAUGGAGUGGAUUGGGAAGGUUCCUGUUCGCUACCUGGGCAUGGACAUUCGCCGGAAAGAUACUACCUGCACCAGCUUCCAUGUGUCGCAGGGCAGCUAUGUCGCGGAGCUGUUGAAAGGCUACCAACAGGAGGCAAAUCGGCCUUCACAGGUCCCGGCCACCAAAGAUACCAUGCCGUCACAGGAUGAUCUGGAUGAGGAGGAGGGAUUCGAGCAAGAAAGUCCAGACCCAAACCAGGUCAAACAGGCUCAGCGCAUGGCAGGCGAACUACUCUGGUUGGUGACUCGCACCAGACCGGAUAUUGGGUACGCGACGGCUCAUGUUUGUGGAGCGGCCCUGAAGAGUCCUACAGCUGCAAUACGGCUAGGAAAGAUGGUGAUGAGAUAUCUUGCGGCUACACCUACGUGGGGGUUGACCUACAAUGGGAUCGGCGAACCCGUCGAAGCGUACUCAGACGCAAGCUUUGCCCCACAAGGCGACCGCAGCUUUGGCUGCGUGACUACGGCGACCUAUGGUGGAUUUGCAGCAUGGAGAAUGACAAAACAGCCUACGGUGGUGUUGUCGGCGGCGGAAGCAGAGUUGGUGGAGUUGGUAAACGCCAGUCAACAAGCUGCGGGACUACAGGCUUGGGUGCAGGAAGCGGCCCCAGAGGACUCUGGCAAACCGCUGAUCCUGCGGGUGGACAAUACAGCAGCGUGUGGCCUCGCGACCACAGCGCCGGGCUCGUGGAAGACAAGGCACCUGAAGGUCAAGGCACGCCAUUUGAGGUUCGAGACCAACGAAGGCCGCAUCAAGGUUGUGCAUACCCCAGGAGAGGUGCAGGUGGCGGACAUGGGGACAAAGCCGGUCCCAGUGGCGAGAUUGGUUGAUCUCCGAAGGUUAUGGGGGAUGUGCUCUGCAGAGGACUUCGACGCCAGUGAGGAGGAGGUUGUUAUUCGGAGUCUACGCGGCGGAGACUACUAUGACCUGUUGAGGAUGAUGGCAUGGAUGAUGAUGGUGUCAAAGAUACCGGGAGCCAAGGCAACGGAGAUCUAUCAUAAGAAGCCUCUGGACUAUGACGGAAGUGUGGAAUUCUACGUGCUCUUGCUGGUUGGUGGGAUAGCUUUGCUGGCAGUCUGGGAAACCCUGAAGUGGGUAGCGCAGAGAUGCUUCGGUGAAGACGAGGCUACGGUGACAAAAGCUAGACGGCUGUUGAGGAUCCGCAACCAGGCUUCAAAAGCUUUGCAACAGGAGCUGGAGUCAAUGAGUGCAAGUUCCUCGGACCCCAUCAAUGUCGAGAAGCCCGUGGACGAUCCGGAUCUGAGGGCAGCUCUGGACACUGCGCGAGAAG